AUGCAUCAAUCUUCCGGCAGCAUCACGGAUGCAGCGCGCCAGGCUAGGAAACAACGGGACCCGCAUUGGCUGCGACUUGGCGAGAUGUUCAAGAAAGGCAGAAAGAGUAAGAGUAUUGACACUGCCAGCACUGGUUCGGUGACUGCGCGGGUGCGGGUGCCGAUCCCGAGCAUGAAUCAACGACUGGAAGAGACUCGGGACGAUGCCAUUGAUGCAUCACAAUCACAGCCGGCAAAUGAGCUCAACGGGCCUUCACCGGGCACGCCGCCGCCCCAUCCGUCACCGUCCCGGCUGCCUGCGUCCCCAUCCGGCGCUAAUCCGGAUCUUCUUGAGAUUCCAGAUGAAUUAUACCCAGAGUCAAUUAAUGUUGAAAACCCUUCCGACCAUCAAGAUUUGCAUGGCCCAACACAAACUCCACCGCAACCUCGAGAAUCUUUGGGAGGGCCAGGACAACCUCACGAAGGAGACUACUUCGGAGGCUUUUCACCAGGGCCUAGUGGAGGCACGCAUGCAUCUGCCUUAGCCGAACUCUACAAUGGAGCUUUCGAUUAUGAGGGAGCUUUGAAAUACGCAAUGGAAAUGUCGGUGUUGGAAGGGUUUUCCCGCUCUGGUGGCCAUCCAGUUGACGAGUCAAAUCCAGUCAGGAUCCCGAGCCUGAAUGAGCAACUCGAAGAAACUCGCGCGGAGCACCAUGCCAACUAUGUAUCACAGUCACAUCCGGAAAAUGAGCUGAACGGGCCUGCGCCUGGCAUGCCGUCGCCCCACCCGCCGCCUCCCCGUGGGCCUGCGUCUCCAUCCGGCCCUCAUCCGGACCUUUUUGAUAUCCCAGAAGAAUUAUACCCAGAGCUAGUCACGUCGGGAGAAGCUGCAGGCCAUCAGGAUUUCCAUGGUGGAACACAAACACCGCCACAUAUACCUCCAGAAUCCUGCAGAGGGAUUGAAGAUCUCAACGGUAUAGGCUUAGCACGAUCUCCAGCAUGUGUACUUCGAGAGUCUAUUGAAGGGCCAGGGCAACCUUACCAAGAAUACCGGGGCUCUCAUCUAUCCGUCCCAGCCGCACUUUACAAUGGGGGUUUAGGUGAAGAGGAAGCUUUGUUGCGUGCAAAGAAAAUUUCACAGUUGGAAAGAUCCUCCCACCAUGGUGGCUAUCCGAUUGAAGACUCAAAUCCAUCCAGCAAUUUCCUUGAGGCGAUUCGCUCGGGGAUAUAUCGGUUAUUCGGAUCGUCGGAUGAGCAUUACCAGAUGUCAGAUUACGAAUAUGCAAGAGAACUAGCCCGGCGCGAAGGAAUAAACCAGUACGAAUUUCAAAGAGGAAUAACCCAAUGUCGACCAAGCCAGGUUGCUAGACAAGAAAAUUCUAAUUGGCUUCCAUGGGGUAUAGCCAUUUAUUUUAUCUUGGCAUUCUACUUUAAAGGCCUUUUCAGCAGCUGCAAUUGUGAUUAG